ACCACCGUCGCUCCACGUACACAAGAAAUCGCACACCAAUUUGCCAAAAAAAAUUCUCACAAAUCCUAUAAUUAAACCGCAAAAACAAGAAAAAGAAAAUGCUAGAGGCAACCAAGAAAUCCGCUUAGCCGUCUCCGUUUAGCUUAUGCCCUGAGAUUUUUCACACGAAUUUUCCUACCCUUUUCCCUCGCCCUGACUCGCGAUCUCACUUGAAGGAGACGCCCCAGAUCACAGGACCGGUGUGAGGGCCGAGGCGCCGGGCUCGUCGGGGGAUUUGAUUCUUCCCGAUCCUGAUAUCGCGUGUUCAGGCAAGCGAUUCCCUUUUCUUGGUCUGGCAGUCUUGCCGAUUUCUCCAGUUCCUGCUUGGGUAACAGAAUCUGAUUCGCGGAAUGUGAGGUACGCAGGUUUCUUUGGACUGGUCGGGGAAGGAAUGCCGGUGUUGACAUGCUAAGCCGCGGAGCCGUGCGGUCGCUGUUGGAUCGUCUCCGGCCGGUGCCUCGGGGGUUGAAUCCCGCCAUGCCGCCGUCGGCGGCCGCCAACCGCGCCUGCCUCUGCAGCCUCAGCCACUCCAGUGCGCACAGCGAGGGUCUCAGGACGCUACCCGGGAAGAAGGGGUUUCUUGAUCUGGGGGCCGGGAGGAGGUUUGCGCCGGUCGGCGCGUUGAGCUUGAAGGGGUGCCUGGGAUGGCCAGACGGCGGCGGCGGCGGGUUCAGGAGGGGCGUGGACGGGGAUGGGGCGGGGAUCAAGGCGCAGGUGCUGACCACGCAGCGGCAGCUGCUCCGUGAUCCGGAGGUGCUGCCGCUGGAGGAGGCGGGCGCGAAGAGCUCGAACGGGAAUGGCGCGUGCCGGCGAGGGAAGCCGCUGGGGUUCCCUGAGCAUGCUGUGGCGUCCAAGAUGGUGGUUGCUGUUGAUGUGGAUGAAGUUCUUGGAAGCUUUCUGGCAGCACUGAACAAAUUUAUUGCUGAUCGUUAUUCUUGGAAUCACUCAGUAUCAGAAUACCAUGUGUAUGAGUUCUUUAAGAUAUGGAACUGUUCACGAGAAAGAGCUAAUUUUCUUGUCCACGAGUUCUUCACAACCCAUUACUUCCAAGAUGGUGUACUUCCAAUCCCGGGCGCUCAAGAUGCUCUCCAAAAUCUUUCUUCUUUUUGUAGCUUGUCUGUAGUAACAUCUCGGCAGGAUGCAAUUAAAAGUCACACAUUAGAGUGGAUUGAGAAAUAUUAUCCAGGCUUAUUUGAGCAGAUACAUUUUGGGAAUCAUUUCGCUUUGGAAGGUCAAUCGAGGCCAAAAUCCGAGAUUUGCAGAUCUUUCGGUGCUCAGGUUUUAAUUGAUGACAACCCAAGAUAUGCUCUAGAGUGUGCCGAGGACGGCAUGAGGGUCCUGCUCUUUGAUUAUGAUAAUUCGUAUCCCUGGUCCAAAACUGGAGUUGAUCAAUCGCAUCCACUGGUGACCAAGGUCCACAACUGGGAAGAAGUCGAGGAGAAACUUCUUUCUUGGGUAGUACCUGAGAGCUGGCAUUCGUCCCCGGUGUAAGAAGCACCAUUUGAGAUCAGCAAAUGCUUCCUAUUGCUUGCUCUCUGAAGAGACAUGUUGGGGCCAACAUUGCUUGAUUUGUAGAGCUUAAUGAAGAUGUCAGAGUAAACUAGGAUAUUCCAUAUCUUUAGUAAAGAGACUGGUGAGUGAACAUUGCUUCAUUGCCACAGGCUGCUUCAGGCCUGGAAGGAAACCAGUUUAGUAUGUCCUAGGCGAGUCGAGAGAUAAACGCUUCUAUUUUCGAAGUCUCAUAGAUGUGACUCUUCUCUCAUGCUUUAACCCUGAAGGGUGUACAUAUUGACACUGCCAUAUGAAUUGAUCUGAAACACAGACCGUCUGGAUUGUUUGUGUACCA